AUUCAACGAAGCUACAUAGUAAAAUCAUUGCAAAGCAUAAUCCAUCUUUUCAACACACACAAAAAUGGUCGCAGCUAACAAAGAGACUGUGUGCGUAACCGGCGCAUCAGGAUUCAUCGGUUCAUGGCUCGUGAUGCGGCUACUGGAACGUGGUUACUUCGUCCGUGCCACUGUCCGCGACCCCGGAAAUUUGAAGAAAGUGCAACAUCUUCUUGAUCUACCAAACGCGAAGACGCAACUCACUUUAUGGAAAGCCGAUUUAUCUGACGAAGGAAGCUACGAUGACGCCAUAAACGGAUGCGACGGCGUUUUCCACAUCGCAACUCCCAUGGAUUUUGAAUCCAAGGAUCCCGAGAACGAAGUGAUAAAACCGACAGUGAACGGAGUGUUGGGGAUAAUGAAAGCAUGUGAUAAGGCAAAGACCGUACGAAGAAUUGUGUUUACUUCGUCUGCUGGAACGGUUAAUGUUGAGGAACACCAGAAAAAUGUCUAUGAUGAAAACGAUUGGAGUGAUCUUGACUUUAUCAUGUCCAAGAAGAUGACCGGAUGGAUGUAUUUCAUGUCGAAAACGUUAGCGGAGAAAGCAGCUUGGGAUUACGCAAAGGAAAAAGGAAUAGAUUUCAUUAGUAUUAUCCCGACAUUGGUGAUCGGUCCAUUUAUAACAACAUCUAUGCCGCCUAGUCUUAUUACCGCGCUCUCUCCUAUCACUCGUAACGAGGCACAUUACUCCAUCAUAAGACAAGGACAGUAUGUGCACUUGGACGACUUAUGCAACGCUCAUAUAUUCUUGUACGAACAAACUGUUGCCAAGGGACGUUAUGUUUGUUCCUCUCACGAUGCAACGAUUCUUAGCAUCUCAGAAUUUAUCAGGCAAAAAUACCCAGAAUAUAACGUUCCUUCAUCGUUUGAAGGAGUGGAUGAGAAUCUGAAGAGCAUUGCGUUCAGUUCCAAGAAGCUGAUUGAUAUGGGAUUUAACUUCAAGUAUAGUCUCGAGGAUAUGUUGGUGGAAUCAAUUGAGACAUGUCGUCAAAAGGGUUUUCUCCCUGUCUCUUUACCGGACCAAUUGAAAUCUGAGGACAAAGUUCCGGGUAGUGAUGACAAUAUGGAAACUAAAACCGGAUCUGCAGGUUUAACUGAUCAUGGCAUGGUGGCUUGUAAGACGACCGAACCAGGGAUGCCCCGCGAGAAAACAGAUAGUCGCAUGUCGGCACAGCAGAUCUGUGCUUAGAAAUUGAACCCGGUGUCUACUAUGAAUCUAUUGUCUUAUCGUUUAUGAAUGUGUGAUUUGCUUUUGAGUGUUAAAAAAAAGGUGUGAUUUUCUUUUGUUUUAAUACGUAUGAAAGUCUUGUGGACUGAUUUAUCCUAUCUGAUAUUAUCAUGUGUGAGUGUGUAACAAUAUGAAUCAAUAUUAUCAAAUUAAAACCAUAAUAGAAA